AGAGACGCGAUCACAAAGUAUCGACAUCUCAUGGUUCCACUGUGGAAAUGGCCUCGUCUAGUCACCUAGCUAUAAAUGCCAAAUGAGCUGCUAUUUUUUGGAGUUGGCCGAGAGAAGAUAGCCCCGUCUAAGCCACUAUCGGGCUGGGAGUAUUGGGACGUUUACUACGGUAAUAGGAGGAGUGACUAGGCAGAACAACAAUGCCACAUUUCCUGUGGCCAGAGCCGCUGUCACCCGCUCAACUGAAGCGGCUGGAGGAGCAUAAAUACAGCGCCUCGGGUCGGUCUCUGUUCGAGCCGCCGUGCCAGGUCUACUGGAACUGGCUCGUCGAGCAAACUCCGAUAUGGAUCGCCCCAAACACCCUGACUAUUGUCGGACUCAUGAUCAACAUCCUGACCACCGUGGUGCUCGUGUAUUAUUGUCCCACGGCAACAGAGGAGGCCCCAGCAUGGGCCUUCAUCAUGAGUGCUCUGGGCCUCUUCAUCUACCAGUCUCUGGACGCCAUUGAUGGGAAGCAGGCAAGGAGGACCAACAGCAGCUCGGCUCUGGGCGAGCUCUUCGAUCACGGCUGCGAUGCCGUCUCCACAGUCUUUGUUGCUGUGGGAUCAUGCAUUUCAUGUGGAAUAGGACAAUACCCAGACUGGAUCUUCUUCUGUGGUUUUAUCGGGAUGUUCAUGUUCUUCUGCGCACACUGGCAGACCUACGUGUCCGGGACCCUCCGCUUCGGCCUGAUCGACGUCACAGAGGUGCAGAUCGCCAUCAUGGCCAUGUAUUUGAUGUCUGCUUUCGGGGGCGUGAGCCUUUGGCAAUGCACGUUGCCCCUCAUCGGAGUGAAGAUGUACGUCUUCCCCGUCAUUGGCAUCUGCGGCGGGGCCUUCUACUCCUGCUACAACUACUUCCAUGUGAUUUUGAACGGAGGUAUUGGCAAAAACGGCUCCACUGUGGCUGACACCAGUGUGCUGAGUCCCAGUUUGCACAUCGGCCUCAUCCUCGCGCUGGCCUUCAUCAUUUUCAAGAAGUCGUCCAGCGAGCUGUUCGAGCACCACCCCUGUCUGUACCUGCUCGCCUUUGGCAUGGUCAUCUCAAAGAUCUCCAACAAGCUGGUGGUCGCACACAUGACCAAGAGUGAGCUGUGCCUCCCGGACACGGCCUUCAUCGGCCCCGGGCUCCUCUUCCUCAACCAGUACUUCAACAGCUUCAUCGAUGAGCACAUAGUCCUCUGGAUCGCCAUGGUCUUCUCUCUAGUUGAUCUCGCACGCUACUGUACGGGGGUGUGCCUCCAGAUCGCCUCCCAUCUGCGCAUCCGAGUGUUCAGCAUCACGGCGCAGAGCCACGGCAAGCACGACUGACCGGUUGCCCGGCGGGAGGAGGCGGGGGGGGACGCAGACCUCUCCCCGCUCCUGAAAGCAGGCGAUGACGAGGAUAGACCUUCCUCUGCCCUGAGCCACUGCAGCCUUGACAAAGUGACCACAUCCGAUUGAAACUGCCUCUCUCACAAAAUGGAAACAUAAAACCAACUCAUCACUACAAACCAAAAAAAGGAAAAAAAAGCAUGGAUCAAGAUAUUGAAUGAAAAAAGAACACGGAACCAGAGCUUCCCUCAAUUUCCUCAUUGGCUGUUGUAGCCAAACAUAUUUUAAUUUAGACAUAAUUGCAUGUUGUCAGAAAAAUAAAGUUUAGAUUGUUACAUCUACUCCCUGCUUACUCUAAUCAAAUACCAAAAUCUUUAACAGGUACUUUAUAGUUUGGGCAAAUAUCAAAGCAUUUAUCUGCUUUAAAUUGUGUUUGAAAAUCUGUUAUGUCAUUUAAAUACAUAAAUAUAUAGAACUGCAAAUGAGGUAAAGCUCUUUGAUAUAUGCCCAUACUAAAUGCAGUACCUGAAAGUGUUCUUAAUUAGUUUUUAUUUAUAAAAUGAAUGUUACUCAAUCUGGCAUUAAUCAGGGCUUAAAAAUGCAAAUUUAAAUAAUAAAAACCUCAAAUAUUAUCCAAUGAAGUUUGCAAUGUGGACUGGCAAGUUGUCAACGCGCUAUGUGACGGGGCUACGGGCGGUGUUAGUGUUGAAACAUUACGACGGCUUUUCUAUCAGGCCUCUCAUACAAACUUUUAAUUCAUGUUUUUAUUCUCAGUUACUCGUCUCAUAUUGCAAUCCUGGAAAAAGAACGUAAACACACUCACCUCAGCCUCUUAGAGCGCUGUCGCCUGAUGAAGCACUAACACUCGACACGUACUGCUUUCUCUGUUCUUCUCCCUGAAGGGCUAAUAGUUAAUUAUUUGUGAUUGUACAGAAUUCAACUGAAAACGCCUUAAAUAUUUUUGUUGUAAUUACUGUUUAACUUGUGAAUAUUUAAAACAGCUUUGUAUGUGUUUUUUUUUCUCCACUGAAGUAUCAUACCAGACAAUAGUAAUAACACGACGCUACUGGAACUGUUCACUCAUGGUUUCUUCACUUAUUGUGUCAUGUAUCGGUGAGCGAUUCAUUUGGUCCUUGAAAGAUCUGUUGGAUUAUCAGUAAUUUUGCAUUUAUUUAACAUUACUGAGUUCCUGUAAUCUGAUCGACUCAUUAUUCAGGUUCAUUUGGAUCAAAAGGGAUAUUUCUGUAAUGCCGCUUAACUAUAUAUAAGGGUAAAGACAAUGGUACUCUUGAGUUUUAUUUUGGAGAAAUAAAAUGAUCUUCCUCUGAGGUUCUGCUCCUGCAGGAUAUUGGACAUUGAAAAGCAGCAUGUUCUAAAAAAAAAAAGAUGAUUUUGCAUAAUUGACGAUGGACUUUGGAACUAUGCAUUGAAAUGUACGACUUUGAUUUCAACACCAUGUUGCACUGUUCAAUAAUAACAGUAAAACACCUUUCUACUAACAGAAACUGUAUGGGUGGAAAAGAUUGUAAUAAAGAAAAAUAUUUUUCA